AUGAGUCACCAGAACUACCCGCCUCACGAUCCUGUAAAGGAGCCACACUCUGUAUCCGUCAAGGUCCUCAGAUUAUCCCGACCUUCCCUCGUGCAUCAAUACCCAACGUCCGCGCCGCUCGCCGCCGCAAACGCCACCGCCGCUCCUUGCCGCUUCCCGGCCAGCGUGUCCUAUCAAUCCCCGUUUGCCACGAACCCAGACCCCUUCCUGCUCAGCCCCAUCCUCAACCUCCCCGCGUCGUUCGGCUCGGCCUACGUCGGCGAAACCUUCUCCUGCACCCUGUGCGCCAACAACGACGUGGCCGCCUCGGCGGCCAAGCACAUCCGCGACGUGCGCAUCGAGGCGGAGAUGAAGACGCCCGGGCCGGGGACCCCCCACAGGCUCGACCUGGGGGGACGCGCGCAGGGCGGCGGCGGCGGCGUGGACCUGGGCCCCGGCGACACGCUGCAGAAGCUCGUGGCGUUUGACCUCAAGGAGGAAGGGAGCCACGUGCUCGCCGUGACGGUGAGCUACUACGAGGCCACGGAGACGAGCGGGCGCACGAGGACGUUUCGCAAGCUGUACCAGUUCGUGUGCAAGGCGAGCCUGAUUGUGCGGACAAAGGUAGGCCUGCUGGGCGUGGAGGACGGCCGGCUCCGGAGGUGGGUGCUGGAGGCGCAGCUCGAGAACUGCAGCGAGGACGUGAUGCAGCUGGACAGGGUGGUGAUGGAGACGGACAAGGGGCUCGGGUGCGAGGACUGCAACGGCGGGGCGAAGCCGGUCCUGCACCCGGGCGAGGUGGAGCAGGUGUGCUUUGUGGUGCGGGAGCGGGAGGCGAGGAGCGCGCCGGACGGGCGCAUCGUGUUUGGCGUGCUGGGCAUCGGCUGGAGGGGGGAGAUGGGGAAUCGGGGGUUCCUGUCGACGGGGAUGCUGGGCACAAGGGUGGCGGCGUGA